ACUGUCCCACCACCAUCUACAACAACCUACAGUUGAUAAUUUUCUCGGACCCCAUCGUCUCCAAGCAUUCAAGCAACCACCUUAAAUUCCGAUAGCUUCCAUCAUUAAUUAAUUACUCAUGUAAAUUUUUUUAAUAAACUUUACCUUUCAAACUCAUUCUUUGGUCAGUAUAGUAGCAUUUUCUAAUCAAACUUAAUUUUACACCGUCGAUUAUUUAACUUUUAUUUUCUCUACUUGAUUUAAUAUUACUCUCCCCUAAUUGUAUUCAUUAUUAAUUUAUCUAUCUAUCUAUAUAUAUAUAUACUAUAUCAGAAGUAGUAAAAAAAUGAGUGAUCUUAAGCAGUUGUGUUGUUGGAUUAAAGGAACAUUUGCUAUUUUACUGCUGUUAAUUCCUGGUAAUUUAGGAUGGGGUAAAGAAGGUCAUUAUGCUACUUGCAAAAUUGCCGAGUCAUUUCUUAGUGAAGAGGCUUUGAAGGCGGUGAAAGAAUUGCUUCCAGAAAACGCGGAAGGUAAUUUAUCUUCCGUCUGUUCCUGGCCUGAUCAAAUCAAGUAUCAAUACAAAUGGCGCUGGACUAGUGAGUUGCAUUAUGUUGACACCCCUGAUUUCAGGUGUAACUAUGAUUACUCCAGGGACUGUCAUGACUCUUCUGGAGUCAAAGAUAGGUGUGUCACUGGAGCAAUUUACAACUACACCGAACAACUUGUCACAGGCUAUAAUGCCUCAAAUUCAGCCGUGCAGUACAACCUUACUGAAGCACUAAUGUUUCUGUCUCAUUAUAUUGGGGAUGUGCAUCAGCCAUUGCAUGUUAGUUUUACUUCCGACGAAGGUGGAAACACAAUAACAGUCCGCUGGUAUAAGAGGAAGACUAAUUUGCACCAUGUUUGGGAUAGUGAUAUAAUAGAAUCUGCCAUGAAGACAUUUUAUGACAAAGAUAUUGACGUCAUGAUAUCAGCAAUUGAGAAGAAUAUUACAGAUACUUGGAGCAAUGACUUCUUGUCAUGGACAAAUUGUUCGUCUGGUGAAGAAGUUUGUCCAGACCCGUGGGCCUCUGAAAGUAUCAAGUGUUCUUGCAAUUAUGCCUACAGAAAUGCUACUCCAGGAAGCACUUUGGGAGAUGAUUACUUUCUCUCGCGUUUGCCGAUUGUGGAGAUGAGGCUCGCUCAAGGUGGGGUCCGUCUGGCUGCAACACUUAACAGAAUAUUUGAUCCAUAUUCUUUAAUCUCACAGGAAUUGGCAUAUUUUGGGAACAUUCAACCUACAUCUCACACGACUUGAAGAUGAAAAUCUGCAGAUAUUCACAAGUUAUCCAGGUUCCCUCAAACAUCCAGUGAAAGUUAACAGACUUAGAUAAUGAAUCGGUAUCUUGUCUUGAAUAGUUGGUAUGCCAAUCUUUUUUCUAAUAGGACGCCCAUUAUUUACUUGUUUAUCUUUAAAAAUGUUAGGUGCGGCUCAGUUUAAUACUCGAACAUGUAUUUGCUGGAUGUACGUCUAUAGCUAUUACCAACCCUUGUUCAUGGUC